UGGGGGUGCUUUUGUGAUUGGGGGUCCCAAUAUUUGCGUGCACUUCCGGAUGUACUAGCAAGAUGGCGUCGUGAGCAUGCGCAGUGCGAGACCAAGGGGGGGUUCUGGCCGGAGCAGAGCUGUGACAGAAGCAUGGAGGAGGAUUCUGGCAGCUUGGUGUGGAGCCCCCGGCUGGACGCGGCCCCCCGUUCUGUGGCUGCUCUGGAGGUGAAGCUGGGCUGUUUGAUCACUCUGCUGUUCUUCACCUUGAUCAGCGGCCUCACCCCGCUGUUUGUCUUCAGACGGCAGGGGAACGCGCACGCUUCAGGAACCCGUCGGCGGGCACUUAGCCUGGUCAGCUGUUUCUCUGGGGGUGUUUUCCUGGCCACGUGCCUCUUGGACCUCCUGCCCGAUUACCUUGCCGGCAUUAACGAUGCCCUCGGAAAGAUGAACAUCUCGCUCGAGUUCCCCCUGCAGGAGUUUAUCUUGGCCAUGGGCUUCUUCCUGGUCUUGGUUCUGGAGCAGAUCGUGUUGAGCUACAAAGACCACUUGGGGUCCUCGGAGGAAACGAACGCGCUCCUGGGCUUGGACGGCCACGUCCAGCACAGCGGUCCGGAGGCCGCGCACGUACACUUGGAUGUGAGCGCUCACUCGGCGGUGCGGGCCGUGGUCCUGGUGAUGUCCCUGUCCUUGCACUCGGUGUUGGAGGGCCUGGCGGUGGGCUUGCUCCAGGACAGCGGGAAGGUUCUGGAGACCUGCCUGGCUCUUCUUAUCCACAAGUGCAUCAUCUCCUUCAGCUUAACGUUGAAGUUGGGUCAGGGCCGCCUGCGCCCCAGAGCUCUACUCGCCUGCGUUCUCCUCUUCUCCUUCAUGUCCCCCCUGGGCAUCGGGCUGGGGGUGGUCCUAACGGAGAACGCGGACCCCGUGCAUCAGCUGUCCCGCAGCGUGCUGGAGGGGAUCGCCACGGGAACCUUCCUCUAUAUCACUUUCUUGGAGAUCCUGCCCCACGAGCUGACCUCCUCUGACCAGAGGAUACCCAAGGUCAUCGUCCUCCUCUGCGGCUUCUCCGUGAUCACAGGAAUCCUCUUCAUCAAAGUCUGAUCCCUCGGCGUCGGGGGCUCCGAGUAGAAACCACCACGGGAUUCCGUCCGCCGAAC